AUUUAAAUUUAUUCUUCCUUAAAAGUCUAAUUAUUAUUCUAAGUUUGGAUCAUAAAUUUUCCUUGUUCUUCAAUGUGAAUAUCAUUAUAAAAUAAUGACAUUUCAGCCGUGGAAGCAAGCCUUUAAUAAUUUACCAAAUCAAUUUUAUCGUAAUAUUAACAAUAAAAAUGAUAGCAGUGAUUCGGCUUCAUCGACAUUUAAUAGCAGCAAAAUGAAAAAUGGUGACAUCGAAAUUUCUGGACCGUCAUCGGUAUCAAAUCUAAAUAUUUUGUCACCGCAAUCAUCGACAUCAACAUCCCAUCCAUUUGAUUUUAACAAUGAGCACUACCAAUCACAAGUUUCUGCUUCCACAAAUAAUGUUCUUAUUGAUAAUGAACCAGUCAUUGCAACUAAUAAAGGCUCCCUUAAUGGUACAAAAUUUUCCAUCUUUUCGCAAUUAAUUAAUUUAAAUAAAAUCAAUGCCUUUGACAACCUACUGCUCAAUGCAUCUAUGAGUCUAGAUGACGACGAUUUUAGUUGUGAUAAAAGACAAGGAAUGAAAAAGCUUAUGGAACAAGCAAUCAGCGAUGAGGCAAAACAGCAAAUUGCAUUUAUUCUGGAAAAAAUAUCAACAUUACGUCCAGCCGAAAAACUUUUGUUGUAUCUUAAAAUGCCUGGUGGUCAUUGUGAAGUUGAUCCAUUAAAACAAUCGCAGAAUCCCCUAGGUUCACGUUCCGAGAUAUCACAUACUAUAAAUUGGGUUCGUUCACAUCUAGAGCAAGAUGAUAAAGUUUCAAUUCCGAAACAAGAGGUAUAUGAGGAUUAUGUGACAUUUUGUGCAAAAAUUAACAUAAAGCCCUUGUCAACGGCUGAUUUUGGAAAGGUGAUGAAGCAAGUUUUUCCCGAUAUACGCCCACGACGUUUAGGUACAAGAGGUCACUCACGAUAUUGUUAUGCUGCAAUGAGAAAAGCUACAAAACUCACUGCACCCCAACUCCCUGAAAUUCGUAAUAACGAAGUUACAUCAAAGAAAAACAAUAAUAAUAAUGAUAAUAAUAAUGGAAGUGACAAUGAGUCUACAUGGAGAGUGAUUAAAAAUUGGUCUGAAAAUUUGCUCGGCAAUCAAUUUGAAUCUUUGGAUGAUCUUGCAGAGCACAUUUCUCAAAAUAAUUUAAAUAUCACAUCAAUAUCAUCUACCUCAAAGCAAGUGCUACAAAAGAAAUUGAUGCAGCGUGAAAUGAAGGAUAGAAAACGAAACAACAAUCAAUCAAUUCGAAAACGUCGUAAAAAGCGAAGAGCAUCAACAACAUCAUCACCUGAACAUACAUCGGAAUAUUAUAAUACAGCGAGCAUUCAAAUAAAACAAGAAAAAGAAACCGAUGGAAGUGCGAUCGAAAACAAUGAUGAUCAUUCAGAAAACUCCUCAGAUGUUCCAAUGAAUUUGUCAAAUACAGAACAAUCGAGACGUAUCAAAAAUGAGCAAACCACAAGUACAAAUAUACUACAACAAGGUACAAGCUCUCAGUUUUUGGAUAGUGAUACAAUAAAAAAUAAACUGAAGAAUAAGUUAUUGCCAAUAGUUGAGGCAAAUGACCAGAAACCGGAAGAGAAUAAAUAUAAUAUUUUCUGUAAAAAAGUUCGUCAAGCUCAACAAAUGAAAAUGUCUGCUGCUGCAAAUCCUCCUAAUAUCGUAACAUCUACAGUAACUAGCAAUCUUUUUGUUAAUCCUAAUAAUCAUCCUGGAUCGAUGCAUGCACCUUACAGCCAUAAUUCAAAUGUCAUAAAUAACCAACCAAAUUUAGACCAUCCAAACGAGUCAACGAUAUUAAAGCCAACAUCUUCUAAACGCAAGCAAAAGCGUGAAACUAUUCAAAUGAUGAAACGAAAAUUAGAAGAAUCAGCAGCUGCAAAUGAAUCACCAUUAAAUUCAGUUGAUUCAAAUGAGUUGCCUCUUAAAGAAGAUUUCAUAUUGCCUCGUGAGAGAUUCAUAAGCAUUUGCAAUAUGGAUCGUAAUGCAUUAGAUACUUAUUUGAAUAAUAGUGAGGAAAAUUCACAAGAUUUGGAAUUAUUACAGUAUUUUGGUGAGGACAAAAAUCAUAAUAAAAAUACUGAAUGCAUUGAAGAAGAUUUGGGACCAAUGACAACUACUGUUCCACUUUUAGAGAAUUAUCAAUUAAAUUUCAAUGAAAAUAAUAACAAUAAUAAUAAUAAUAAUAAAUGUGAUAGACAAAAUGCUGAAAAAAUCAUGCAAUUGAGAUCAAUAUUAGAAGAGAAAUACAACACGUCAUGUAGUGCUGCAAACCCUUCAACUAGUAAUGAUUCUGUCAUUAAAAAUUUAUUACUUAAGAACCCCCAUUUGCAGCAUCAUCACCAUCACCACAAUCAUCAACAGCAACAAAAUAUGAGUAAUGAUGCGGCAGAUUUAUUUCAAGGAUCUGCAUUAACUGGAGAUCAUCAACAUUCGGGAAAUUUUCAAAUGAAUUCAAUUCAAUCCAAUAUUGGACUAUCUGACAAAUUAAUAGUUCCACAAUCCCCAAAUACGCGACGUAAAAAUUUUAGUUUUGUACCAAUUCCAUCGCAGUCUUCUCGCGUGAAAAAUAUUAACUUGAAUCCAGCAUUUAGAACCAAUGGAAAUGGUAAUGUCAAUCAACCGACAAGUCCAUUUAUAAGUCCACGAGUAACACCAGUUUCAACUAAGCAGCCAAAUAAUCAACAAUCUAUAAGUGUUCGAUCUCCAAAUGUCUCGAUUGACACAUCUAAAAACAUUCCACUGUUGGGCGUUAACAAUACAGCAUUUUGUCGUCCAACACAUUUUAAGAUGGAACCGAAUUCAGCACCACCAAGUCCUUCAAUGGCUCCUCAAAAUCACUUUAAUUUUAGCCCACAUUCACAACAACAACAACAACAGUUUCAAUUUAGUAAUCAAAGUAUUGCUCCACCACAGCAGCAGCAGCAGCAGCAGCAAGGAAGUACAACUAAUUAUAAUUAUCCAGUUGAGUCGCGUUCACAAAGUGUUCCACCUCAUUGUACAAAUAACAUUUAUGGCGGAAAUAAUAAUGCAACAUAUAACAAUUAUUCUUCAGCAUGUAGCUCAAUGGCAGCAACGCCGGUACCAUCAGAUUAUCAAGAAUUUAAUGAUACAAAUAUACUAGAAAUAUUCAAUAAUGAGCAGCCACCCUUAUCAUCUACGAUUAAAAUGGAAACAAAUGAUGAUGUCAUUAGUGAUUUAUUAGAUAAUGACUUGUUGAAUCAAAAUUCAAACCAUUCUGAAAGUGAUUCGUUGCUUUCGGGUACAAUGCGUCCUAGAUUCAAUUCAAUAUCAAGAUCAGUGCCAUGUACACCUUUACCCUAUCAUUCAAACAACAACUACACUAAUGUAAAUGGCAUCAGCAUGAAUACAUCUGUUCCAAACACGCCAAUUACAAAUUCAUCAAAUCCAUUCCGUUAUAGUCCAGAAUUACAGCGUACUCGAGAUUUUCUUAUUAAUGGAUUUAAUAAUAAUAUUAAUCACAAUAAUAAUAAUAUUAUUAAUAAGCUUUCAAAAGCUCAUGACGGAACAGCUACAAUUGAUGAACUUGAUACAAAUUUGCUAAACAACUUGUGAACAUUUACGUCGUCAAUAUUUGUUGUUUAAGAGACAUUUCUCAUUUCAUUUUCAGGUAAGAAUCAAUGGAAACUGUGUACAAAAUAUUACCAACAAUAUGUGGAUUAUAAGUGUCAUCAAUGAUGUCGUUACAAAAAUCAAGUGAUGUUAAUUAUAACAAAAAAAAAAAAUAAUAAUAUUUUUUGGUUCUUUUGCAACAUGAUUUUCUAAAUUGAGAAAUUAAUGAACAAAAAAGAAUUACGAUAUGUAUCGUCGAUUGAUAUCAAUCAUUGUAUAAGUGGAAAUUCAGUGCACAUGAAGAGUGAAAUUUCAUCGUGAAAAUGAAAUAAUAAUUAAAUUGAUUGUCUGUCAUUUUGUGGCACUGUAUCGUAUACACAUAUGUGAAUGCAUGUUUUGGAGGUGUGUAUUAAAUGUGAACAAGAAAUGUGUAGAAUUAGAGCUGGAAAGUUUCAACAUGAGAAUGGAUUAUGAUUGAUAUUUCCAAUUUGGAUCAUUUUAAUGAAAAAUUAUUAGUGUAAAGCUUCUUCAUUCUGUUUGGGGUCAUUCACUUAAUACAUACUUCAUUAGAGAGGAGAGGCUUUUGUGACAAUUUGAACAAAAGAUAAAACCAAAUCGGUCAAGGAGAUAGGAGGAAGUUCAUAAAAAAAUAUCUAUUUUUGAUGGACCUUAUCAGUGAAGGACCCGUUUUACAAUUUUCAUCUCUUAAUUUGAUUCAUCGAAAAUGAAUAAUGAUAAUUUUAAUUAGCAUUGCUCGAGAAACUGUAUAAUUAAAUUGCCGUAACUUUUUAUCCAUACGAUAAUUUUAAUUAGAAGCGACAAAUAAAAGAAAUGGAAAUAGAAUUGAUAAGAGUAAAACAUUGUUCAAAUAUAAGAACGCGUACAAAAUUUAUAAAUAGACUAUAGCUGCAAUAUUUGCAGAUAUCUUUUAUGUCUAUAGCAAAAAAAAAAGAAAUAUGAAGUCAAUGACUUAUUUUGCAAUUUAAAGAAUCCUUAAAGUUUCUCUAAAAAGUCGAGCCAAAAUCGAUUCGGUAACUUGAAGGAUGAUUGUUCAUUUUUUUUUCUAUAAACGUGCGACAUUUAAUUACAUUGAACAACUUUUCUUCAGAUUUUUC